UCCACCAUACCCACACAAAAAAAGUCUAGGUCUUUGUAGGAUUGACGCUAUUUUGUCGUCAUGAAGAGGCUGUGCUCCCAUAUUUCUACUGUAUAGACGCCUUAUUUUGUUAGGCAAACGUAAAUUUUGCAUAUUGGAAAUGAAAAUGCAAGCAAUGAAUCUGAGAUUAUUGUGCUCAAUUCAAUUCCAAACCAUCCUUCUCUUGUUGGUUGUACUUCUACAUGUUAAAACUCUUUCUGUUUCUGGUAUUAGUAUUGCCACCUCAACUUAUUUCGGUGGGAAUGAGACUGAUCAUCAAGCUUUGUUGGCCUUCAAGAGACAGAUAACACGUGACCCUGAAAACGUUUUCAGCUCGUGGAAUGAUUCCUUCCAUUUCUGCGAGUGGGAAGGUGUUACUUGUGGCCGCAAGCAUAGAAGAGUCACUGUAUUAGAUCUGAGUACCAGAGGUUUGGUGGGUUCCUUGUCUCCAUACAUAGGCAACCUCAGCUUCAUUAGGGAAAUAGUGCUGGCAAACAACACCAUUGGAGGCAAAAUCCCUGAUGAAGUUGGCCGUCUAUUCAGGUUGCGUGUAUUGAGUUUGACUAAUAACUCCUUCCAAGGGGAAAUUCCUGCAAACCUUUCCCAUUGCUCCAACAUUAAGAUUCUUAGAGUCAGUAGAAAUAAACUUUCGGGGUCAAUCCCAAAGGAGCUUGCUUCUUUAUCAAAGCUGGAGUUUCUAGCUCUUUACGCUAACAAUCUCAGGGGAGGAAUCCCACCUUUCUUUGGGAACUUUAGCUCUCUCCAAGUUUUAUCUGCAGCCGAAAAUGUCUUUGGAGGACACAUUCCAGAUGCCUUGGGUCAAUUAAGAAGCUUAACGUACCUUGCACUGUCUCGGAAUAAACUCUCUGGACAUAUUCCAGAUACCUUGGGUCAAUUAAGAAGCUUAACGUACCUUGCACUGUCUGGCAAUAAACUCUCUGGUUUGAUCCCUCCAUCUUUAUAUAAUCUUUCGUCUAUUACUAUUUUUACAAUGUCCAGAAAUGAGCUUAGUGGAAGUCUUCCCACAAACUUAUUCCUCACCCUUCCGCAUCUCCAGUGGUUUGUAAUCUAUGAAAACCAACUUACCGGAUCUCUUCCAGUUACAUUAUCUAAUGCUUCUAAGUUACAAGAAAUAGAUUUUGGCAGUAACAAUUUUACGGGAAAAAUUUCAGUCAAUUUUGGAGGCUUACACGGUUUGGAGGUAUUAUUAAUUGAUGAUAAUAAUUUAGGAAGUGGAGAUGAUGAUGAAAUGAAUUUCUUUCAAUCUCUAGUCAAUUGUAGCAGUUUACGGAAAAUAAGUCUUUUAAGGAAUCAACUCAAAGGUACGUUGCCUAAUGUUUUGGGUAAUCUUUCAACCCAGCUUACCUUUUUUGAAAUUGACGAAAAUCUUUUUUUUGGAGAGAUCCCUAUAGGGAUGGGUAAUUUGGUCAACUUGACAACCUUAGGGAUGAGUGGUAACAAGUUUUCAGGGACAAUCCCAGAUGAUAUUACUGGUCUUAAAAAGUUGCAGCGUUUAUGGUUAAAUAACAAUAGGCUCUCAGGAAUGUUACCAAUUACCCUCGGAAACCUAACAUUGUUAAAUGAAUUGUACUUAUGUAAUAACAAAUUGCAAGGAACUAUCCCAUCAAGUAUAGAAAAUUGCCAAAAUUUGUUGUUGUUAGAUCUUUCACAAAACAAUCUCACUGGCAUCAUUCCAAAGCAACUCUUUGCGGUUUCCAUGCUGUCAAUUAGACUUAGUUUAGCUCAAAACUUUUUCUUAGGAUCACUACCUUCUGAGGUCGGCAAUCUUGUCCAUUUAUAUGAGCUGGACUUAUCUGAAAACAAGUUGUCUGGUAAAAUUCCAAGCAGCCUAGCCUCUUGCACAAGCCUUGAGUACCUUUACCUGGAGGGUAAUUUAUUUCAAGGAGAAAUUCCAACAUCCCUGAGUUCUUUGAGGGGUAUUCAAGUCAUGGAUCUUUCUCGGAACAACUUCUCUAGUCAAAUUCCAAAUUUCUUGGAGAAACUCUCCCUCAAGAAUUUGAAUUUAUCCUUCAAUGAUUUUCAGGGAGAGGUUCCAACAAAAGGGGUUUUCGCAAAUGCUAGCGCAAUAUCACUCAUUGGAAAUAGUAGAUUGUGUGGGGGCAUAUCGGAACUAAACUUGUCGAGGUGCUUAGCAAAAGAAGAGAAGAAAAUAAAGUGGCCUUUUUCAGUCAAAGUGGUAAUCUCAAUGGCAUGUGUGAUUUUGGUAAUAACCAUAGUGUCAUUUUUCUUAUUUUAUUGGCGCAAAAAUAAAAGAAAUGAUAAUUCUUCAAAAUCUUCCUUGAAGCAAUCAUUUUUGAGAGUGUCUUACCAAAUGCUCCUUAAAGCAACUGAUGGAUUUUCAUUAGCAAAUUUGAUUGGUGUUGGUAGUUUUGGCUCAGUGUAUAAAGGCAUCCUUGGUGACGAUAGAUCAAUUGUUGCAAUUAAGGUACUAAAUAUUCAACGUCAAGGAGCUUCCAGGAGUUUCGUCUCCGAGUGUGAAGCCUUGAAAAAUAUUCGUCACCGAAAUCUUGUGAAGAUCAUAACUUGUUGCUCAAGUGUGGAUUUUCAUGGCAAUGAUUUUAGGGCUCUAGUUUACGAGUUCAUGCCAAAUGGAAGUCUAGAAAAUUGGUUGCAUAUGGAUCUAGAAACAAAUAUCAUGCAGGUAGAGAUACGAAAUCUGAACAUUCGUCAAAGAACAAACAUUGCCAUUGAUGUCGCUUGUGCACUUGAUUACCUACACCACCAUUGCCCAAUGCCAGUUGUUCAUUGUGAUAUAAAGCCAAGCAACAUUCUUUUCGAUUGUGAUAUGAUUGCUCAUGUUGGAGAUUUUGGGCUUGCGAAGUUUCUUUUAAGACUUACCGAUUUGAAAGAAAGUAGUUCGAUUGGAAUAAGAGGAACAAUUGGGUACACCCCUCCAGAGUACGGUUUAGGAAGUGAGGUGUCAACCAAAGGAGAUGUGUACAGCUAUGGAAUUUUAUUGUUGGAGAUGAUAACAGGAAAGAGACCCACAAAUAGUGUGUUUGAGGGAGGCCUUAACCUUCACAACUAUGCUAGCAUGGCCGUACCAGACGGUGUAAUGGAAGUUGUGGAUCCAAAACUUUUAAAUAAUGUUGAUGAAGUUCUUGGAAAUCACAGUGGUUGCCUUGCAAAUAAAAUAAAGGAGUGUUUGAUAUCCAUGGUCAAGGUCGGAGUGGCAUGCUCUAUGGAGUUGCCACAAGAACGAUGGGACAUUAGCAAGGCCAUCUCUGAGUUGCAUUUGGUUAGGGACAUUAUUCUUGGUGCUAGGAUUUAGCACAUCAUGCUUGGCUAUAUGGAAGGUCCGACUCCUUCAAAGUGUUACAUUGGAUGGAAAGACUUUUCUGACAUUCUAGAUAGGCUUGCCUAUGGUUAUUCAUUGAAUAAGAAGUAUUUUGCAUGUUUCAUAUACCUUGUCUUCUAUAUGUUUCUUUUAUACGCCUGAGUAGCUCAAAUAAUUUCCUACAAUCUUGUAUUAGUGUAUUAAAUCUAUUGUUAUAUAUUAUGCUUGGACAAUUAAAUACCAACUUUAUUUGUAGAUGUAAAAUAAUUUUCUACAAAUAAGAAGAAUUAUUUUUCCCUUGCUAAUUUCCAUUCUUCAAAGCUUGAGCUCAUAAAAUAGAGGGAUGGUCGAUUUGGCUUAUCAGUGUAAAUUACAUAACAUGCUAUGUUUGCCUAAUUUUCAAUAACAAAAGUAAUCUGAUGAUCAUGCUUGACAAGAUAGGGCACAUAGUAGAUACCAUACACAUAAUUUCAAGAUCUUGUUGGCUAGUCAACUCUAUUAUGGAUUUAAUUCUAUUAUAAAAGUCGAGCUAUAAUUGUUAAGAUGAAACUAAAAAAUUUGGAGUCACCUAAUCGUGUUGAAUAACAGUUAAAUUAAAAAGACAGUUUAUUAAUUAUACAAGACUUUUUUUAGAAGCUCCACAAGUAAUUAAUGCUCUUGUUGGUCAGCUAAGAUGGGUUCGUGUUUGACCUUGACGAGUACAAAAUCAUAUCGGGUAUGAGCAACAAGUGUAUUAGAUUAAGAUAAGUUGUUAUUCUGAUAGCCUCUACCUGGUAUUUGACGUGAAUGACAAGAAAAAGCCAAUAGAUGUGCUCAAAGGAUUUUUGAUUCUCAGUGGAGUCUUUCUUCAAAGAGAAAGUGGUAUCAUUCCUUAACACAUCAUGCCCACAAAGACCACCACUCCACUCCUAUGGGAUUUCCUCCCACUAUCCUCAGCUUGAUGAUUCAUUAUUUGUAGGAAUUGAGAUUGUUUUAUCCUUAGGGACAUCGACAUGGCUAAACAUGUACAUUUAUCAAGGUAUUGAAAGAUUCACAUAGUAAAUGACAACCGGACAAGAAUGCACUGAACUCGUUGUCAAGAAAAGUGAAAAUCAAAUUGGCACUAAACUAUGGCUUCAAAAUGGGCCACUUGUUCUUUGGUUAUCCUUUCUCAAAGAAGCUAUUGCAGCAAGUUAAGUCAUAUUGUGUAAUAAAGUCCAAGAUGGUGUUUCAAGAUCAACUCUCAGAGACCAAAAUGCCUUAGAUCUAUCCAAGCAAGCUGAAUCACUGAUUGAUGUUUUGGUGAAUAUUCUUGGAUGGGAGGAUCAAAACAUGGUUGAUGAGAUAAAUUGCAAUCUUCUCUUAAUAAUUCACUGAUUCUACUUCAAGAACUAAGGAGUCAUAUUGGAAGAGAGGAAUGUGGAGCAGCCUUUAAAGGACAAGAUCCUAUGUCAAGGUCAUCAAGAUGUACUUUUCUACAACUAAAAGGCAAACUGGGGGAGUGGGGCUGGUGGGGUUUGAACCAUCAUGACUAGACACCAUAAAAGGUGUUGGAACACUAUGGUACCUCUUGAAUACCAGGGUUUUGUGAAUGAUUGGUGCUAGGAUUUAGCACAUCAUGCAUGGCUAUAUGGAAGGUCCAAAAAGUCUUGUGCUCCUUCAAAGUGUUACAUUGGAUGGAAAGACUUUUCUGGCAUUCUAGAUAGGCUUACCUAUGGUUAUUAAUUGAAUAAGAAGUAUUUUGCAUGUUUCAUAUACCUUGUCUUCUAUAUGUUUCUUUUAUACGCUUGAGUAGCUCAAAUAAUUUCCUACAAUCUUGUAUUAGUGUAUUAAAUCUAUUGUUAUAUAUUAUGCUUGGACAAUUAAAUACCAACUUUAUUUGUAGAUGUAAAAUAGUUUUCUACAAAUAAGAAGAAUUAUUUUUCCCUUGCUAAUUCCCAUUCUUCAAAGCUUGAGCUCAUGAAAUAGAGGGAUGGUUGAUUGGGCUUAACAGUGUAAAUUACAUAACAUGCUAUGUUUGCCUAAUUUUCAAUAACAAAAGUAAUCUGAUGAUCAUGCUUGACAAGAUAGGGCACACUGUAGAUACCAUGCACAUAAUUUCAAGAUCAUGUUGGCUAGUCAACUUUAUUAUGGAUUUAAUUCUAUUAUAAAAGUCGAGCUAUAAUUGUUAAGAUGAAACUAAAAAAUUUGGAGUCACCUAAUCGUGUUGAAUAACAGUUUAAUUAAAAAGACAGUUUAUUAAUUAUACAAGACUUUUUUUAGAAGCUCCACAAUUAAUUAAUGCUCUUGUUGGUUAGCUAGGAUGGGUUCAUGUUUGACCUUGACGAGUACAAAAUCAUAUCGGGUAUGAGCAAUAAAUGUAUUAGAUUAAGAUAAGUUGUUAUUCUGAUAGCCUUUACCUGGUAUUUGACGUGAAUGACAAGAAAAAGCCAAUAGAUGUGCUCAAAGGAUUUUUUAUUCUCAAUGGAGUCUUUCUUCAAAGAGAAAGUGGCAUCAUUUCUUAACACAUCAUGCUCACAAAGACCACCACUCCACUCCUAUGGGAUUUCCUCCCACUAUCCUUAGAAUAAACUGAAUUUUUCCAUGUGGCAGUACGUUGACCAUCCAGCCUUGCUGAAUAUGCAUCCGCCACAACAUAUCGGAUUAUCGAAGGAAAUGAUAUUGGGUACAUUGAUGUGUGUCAAUGAUGAUUCCAACCCCAGUCUGUAUCCACCAUCAAAGAAGAUAAGAUUGAACUUCGAAGAAAUAUGGUUCCAUCUAAAAAACAACCUUGAUGUCAAGGCACAUACAACCGCACACACAUACAAAGUAAUAUAGAUAAUCGGGACAAAGGGAGGGAGAGAACGAAGGACUUCUCAUGUUCAAAUCUAUGUAAUAUGUAAAUAUUGGAUCUGUCAUAGUUACGUGAAAGGAAUAGAGUGCACAGGGACAUCGACAUGACUAAACAUGUACAUUUAUCAAGGUAUUGAAAGAUUCACAUAAUGGUGCUUCAAGAUCAACUCUCAAAGACCAAAAUGCUUUAGAUCUAUCCAAGCAAGCUGAAUCACAUAAUGCCUGUGGAGGAUCAGAACAUGGUUGAUGAGAUAAAUUGCAAUCUUUUCUUAAUAAUUCAUUGAUUCUGCUUCAAGAGCUAAGGAGUCAUAUUGGAAGAGAGGAAUGUGGAGCAGCCUUUAAAGGACAAGAUCCUAUGUCAAGGUCAUCAAGAUGUACUUUUCUACAACUAAAAGGGACACAGCAAACACAUGGGAAGUGGACAUUCCAGUUAAACCACCAGAUGUACUUUUUAGCAUAUUUCUUGGCAGUGUAACACAUGGUCAGAUAUUGAAGGUUUGCUCUAUUUGGGUGGCAGAAAUGAAGGCAUGAAUUCAAAAUGGAUAGACAUUUAAGAGUUUCUCCAGUAUUGAAAUUUAAUUUCAACUAAUCAAAUUAAACCCACUUAUCUAUCACAGGAUUUGAGUCGAUUAGUUAUUGCACGUAAAAUGUAAAGAAUCUUUUUAAUAUUCAGCCUCAUAGUCUUUCACCUU